AUGAGUGGCGUCAAGCGCCUUCAAGAAACGGCGCAAACAUCAAGUUCUGCUACAACUGAAGAUUUGACGGGCGAGCAAAUAUCGCGUUCGCAAGUAGAAUCUAUUGUCGAAAAUGAAAAGGAGGCUGAGGAGGAGAAAAUAAUCGACGAAGUUACGAAUUCAGUGACUUCUGCAGCUGAAACUCGUGCCGAUGGUCACGAUCGUGAUUUUUCUCUUGCUGACCCUGGUUUGUGGCCAAAAAGAAAUUCAGAAAUGAUUGAUUUCAUUUUACGAAAUCCGUUGGAGCAAGAGGAUCCGAGAUUGAAGAAUUUUCGGGCUUCAAAACGCGUUUAUGGGUCUAAAACAAGAUAUUGUACUGCGCAAAUAUUUUUUCAAAAAACAUCAAAUGGUGAAAUGCACCGACGAGAAUGGUUAGCAUAUUCGCACUCGAAAGGUUGCGUGUAUUGCAUACCUUGUAUGCUAUUCUCGACAUCAGUAAACGCGUUUACAGAAGGCUUCAACGACUGGAAGAAUGAUGUGCGAAUAGCUGAGCAUGAGAGAAGUCUUGGUCAUCGAGAAAAUACACAAAAGCAUGUACUGCGAGGAAAUUUAUUGGGAAAGAUUGAUAGCAAGUUACAUGCGCAAUACAUUCAAGAAUGUAAUUACUGGCGACAAGUACUGACUCGCGUUAUAAUUGCGAUAAAGUUUCUUGCAACCCGAGGCUUGGCUUUCCGAGGAACAGAAGAGAAAUUUGGAUCGGUCAGCAAUGGCAAUUAUUUGGGUAUUCUUGAAGUGAUGGCUCGUAACGAUCCAUUUCUCCAAAAUCACAUAGAUCGGUUCGGAAAUCCAGGAAAAAGAAACGUAUCGUAUUUUUCUAAGGAUAUUUGCGAAGAAUUCAUUGCGAUGAUAUAUGUUGAUCUACUCAAAAAAUUGAUUUCGGAUGUAAAAGCCUCCAAGUAUUAUGCGAUGAGUGUAGAUUCGACUCCCGACAUUUCACAUUCGGAUCAGUUGACGUUCAUUAUCCGGUACGUGUGCAAAAACGGAGAGCCCGUAGAACGUUUUUUGCAAUUUAUACCUAUUGAAGGUCUCCGCGCGUCUGAGAUAGAGCAGGGGAUUAUGCAGGUAUUGUUCAACAAAGAUAUCAACAUAAAGGACUGCCGUGGACAAUCAUACGACAAUGCGAGCAAUAUGUCGGGCUGUUACGGUGGGGUACAAGCCAAAAUUAUCGAACGUAAUCCUUUGGCGAUUUACGUCCCGUGCGCAGCGCAUUCCCCUAAUUUAGUAGGUCAAGCAGCUGCUGAUUGUUGUUCGAGAGCGACCAGAUUUUUUAUGUUCGUGCAACACGUCUACACAUUCUUGAGUGCAUCUACGUCCAGGUGGGGACAAAUAAAAUCGAAGGUCGAAAAUCAGCCUGGAAUGCUCUUGCCCAAAAGUUUGUCUGGCACAAGAUGGUCAGCUAGAGCGGAAGCAUGUCGAGCACUCGUAAGAUCGUGGGAGAGUCUGCGAGACGCCCUCGACGAUAUUGCGGAAAAUGGUUCCGAAAAGCCAUUCACAAAAGCCGAAGCCGAAGGAUUGUCGCAACAAUUUGGUUUGCUGGAGACCGCCAUAAUGGCUGUGACUUGGAGCGAUAUCUUGGAGCGUUUCGAAAAAACGAAUAAAAGUCUCCAGCGCGUUAACAUCCAUUUGACAACAGUUGUACAACUGUAUGAUGCCCUCCAAGCAUUUGUUGUCGGUUUGCGUGAUCGUUUCGACGAUUAUGAAAAGAAAGCAAAGGAGCUAUCUCAAUGCAACGAAUAUGCGCAUGAGAAUCAACGACGCAGAAGAAGGACCGCUCGAUUUGACGAGGUAAGCGGUAAUGAAGCGAUAUUGGACGGAAAACAAAACAUGCGUAUAAAAACGUUUCUCGUCAUACUCGAUCGAUUGUCAGGCGAAUUAGAAAAAAGAAGUCUCGCCUACAAAAAUGUCAACGCUCGCUUUGGCUUUCUCAGUCGUUUGCCAUCACUCACGGAUGCAGAGAUCAUCACACAAUGUGAAGAUUUACGAACGACAUACUCCACCGAUCUCGACAACGAUUUUGGUGAAGAAUGCAUACAUUUCCGGAAUUUUAUCCGGGAAAUCAGAUUGACGGAGGAUGAAAUCAACAUUGGGAAAUGUUUGAUGAUCAUUCGCGAGAAGAAUAUUGUUGCUACAUUCCCCAAUAUGGAUAUCGUUUUUCGAAUGUAUCUCACGCUUUUCUCCAGUAAUGCUACAGGGGAACGUUCCUUUUCGACGUUGAAAAGAGUGAAAUAUUAUUUACGGAAUACGAUGGGUCAGAAUCGUCUCUCUAGUCUCGCGUUUUUAUCGUUGAAUUCAGAGCUUGUUGAUAUGGCAGAGACCGAUACAAUCAUCGAUAAAUUUGCAAGAUUAAAAGCGAGAAAGCGAACGUUUUAA